AUGGGUGGUGAGGGCAACCGUUUGCGGGUAAAUGAAUGGUUGUAUUAUAACGAACCCCGAACUGGGUUUGGACAACAAUACGCCGGCGGUCGGGCACCCGAUCACAAAGGAAAGACAUUGGGCGGCAGUACAGCGCACAAUGCAAUGGUAUUUAAUCGGGGUAAUAGUCGUGGUUAUGACGAGUGGGCCAAUACGUACGGCGCCGUCGGUUGGAGUUAUAGGGAUGUGUUGCCGGUGUUCAGGGAAUGGGAGAACAAUACGGAUCCAGAAGUAAAUCCCGAAUAUCACGGAACUCGAGGACCGAUUCAGAUAUCGUCGCCACAAGUUAUAAGUCCUUUGAUUUACUAUUUUAAGGAUGCUUUGAAUGAAUUGGGAUUUAAAGACACUGAUAUCAAUGGACCGAAACAAUUGGGAACUAUGUUUACACAAUCAUUUAUAACUGCUCAGGGCUUUAGGGCGGAUACGGGUAACGCAUUUGUAGACCCGAACCCAUAUCCAGAUAACCUGCAUAUAGUGUGCAAAGCAUUCGUCACUAAAAUACUGUUCAAUGGGUUGACAGCCAUUGGCGUCGAGUUUAUAGUGAAUGACAUCUCGUAUACGGUUUACGCCAAUAAAGAAGUCAUUGUUUCCGGCGGUGCUAUUAAUAGUCCACAACUUCUAAUGCUAUCGGGUUUGGGACCCAAAAGACAUCUGCAAAGUCUGGGAAUACGUGUAGUACUGGAUCUACCGGUUGGUGACAAUUACCAGAAUCAGCCGACAAUCACUGUCGCUGUAACCAUAAAACCCGAGUACAUAAACCUAACGGACAGAGUGGCCGCCUUAACCACUGAACAGCUGAGUCUACUAUAUUUCAACCAAUCGGGUCCAUUGGCCAGUUCCGUGUCGUGUGCCCUACACUACAACACCCCUAAUAAUGUGGACAAAGAGUGGCCAAACGGCAUACUCUAUGCCUCGACGGCUAACGACACGUUUAUUAUGUAUACAAAUUUAGGCAGAUUUAAAAGCACCGGCACUUUGCGCCUACAGUCCACCAGUCCUUACGUACCCCCAGUAAUAGAUGCCAAUUGGUUCGCACAUCCCGAUGAUAGGCAAGAUGUGUUGGAUGCCACCAUGCUCAUAUUUUAUAUACUCGAGCGCUCGAGCUUUGCUCAAUACUUACAAAUAACUUCCGACUUGUUUGGGGCCAUCGGUUGUCCCGUUUGUCCCGACAAACAGUAUUUGUAUGAAUGUGUGGACGGAUUGAAGUGUUUUGUGAGUUACUAUACGGAGUCGGGUUACCAUCCCGGGGGAGGUUGUCGUAUGGGAUCCACUCAUAGACCGGACGUUGUGGUCGACCCCCAGUUGAGGGUUAAGGGUAUUAAAAACCUUCGGGUUUGCGAUUCAUCGGUAUUCCCAGUGCUUCCCAACUCUAACACCGCUUCGGCCUCUAUUAUGGUUGGAUAUAAAUGUGCCAAAUAUAUUGUAAAUCACUAUAAUUUAUAA